CCGUAUUCAUUUCUGGCUUAUGCAUUAGACACCUUAUCGUCAACACGCUCGCGUAUCUUGAUUCUAAAUACGCUCACCAACACUUUUCGUACGAUUGUUCGCUUCCACCCAGCGUCUCUCUUGCCCUCUCUUUAUCUGCUGUCAAACUCCUUGUCGCCUUCGUACUCAGCUGUUGAGCUUGGUCUCGGGCCCUCUAUCAUAUCGAAAGCAAUCAUGAAUAUAUCAGGUCUUAGCUCUGCCGCCCUCAAGAGGCUCUACGCGAAGACUGGUGACGCUGGAGACGUCGCCUUCGAAGCCAAAUCCAAUAUUCGCACUCUAAUACCUCACCCCCCUCUUCUAAUCACUGCCCUCUACGAUUCUUUGCUGAAGAUCGCCCAUGCGAAGGGUCAGGGGGCAGUCAAGCAGAAACAGGCAAUCGUUGAGAAACUUCUUGUGGCGGCCAAGGGCGAAGAGGUUCGCUUCCUUGUUCGAACGUUUUCACAGCACAUUCGUGUCGGGGCGGUCAGGACUUCCAUUUUGACUGCUCUGGCUCGGGCAAUGGUUUUGACGCCUCCUUCCAGCCUUACCGUCAAAGCUAUCACCAUGAAAAACACGUCAAAAAAGGUGGUUGAUGAGGCCGAGGAGGAGCUUAUAGUAAAAUUCGCCCGAGCAGAAAGCCUGAUAAAGAAGGUUUUUGUGCAACAUCCUAAUUACGACCACAUGGUUGUGGCUCUCUUAGACGCCGGCCUUGAUGGGCUCUCAGAGCGCGUUCCGCUCACAGUAGGCAUACCUCUACAUCCAACACUCGGAUCUCCCAUGCGAUCAUUGGCCGAAGUCUACGAACGUCUUGGGAACCUUCCAUUUGUGGCCGAAUUCAAGUAUGACGGUCAACGAGCCCAGAUACAUGCCUGGAAGGGCGAGGAUAGCGACAUAUCUGUGAAAUUAUUUUCGAGACACUUGGAAGAUAUGACUGAAAAAUAUCCAGAUAUCACGUCUAUGGUACAUCACAUAUUCAGUGAAUCGCCCUCGAUGUCGUCCUUCAUACUUGAUUCGGAAAUCGUGGCCGUCGACGCCAACAAUGGGGGGCUCAAAUCUUUCCAGGAGCUUUCGAAUCGGCCGCGCAAGGGCGUGCAACUUCAGGACAUCAAGGUAGCGGUGUGCGCUUUUGGGUUUGAUUUGAUGUACCUCAAUGGGGAGAUACUGUUGGAAACCCCCUUUCGACAGAGAAGAGCUCUUCUUCGCAGCCAUUUCCCCUCCGUCAUCCCAACACAGAAGGGGGCAGCCCGAUUUGAUCAUGUCGAAAGCUGUGAGAGCGAAGAAGGGACAGAAGCAAUUGAGGAAUUUUGGAUGCGGUCGGUGGAUAGUCGCUGCGAAGGUUUGAUGAUUAAGCUUCUUGAUAGCGGGGACAUUGCGGAAAGCGCUAAGGAGAAAGGCGAAGGGUCGCGAAAGAAGCCGUUGCCCGCGACAUACGAACCUGACAAAAGGACAUCCGCAUGGCUCAAGUUGAAGAAGGAUUAUGUGAUGGGCAUCGGUGAUAGCCUUGACCUCAUCCCUGUCGGCGCAUGGCACGGUAACGGACGAAAGGCCCAGUGGUGGAGCCCUGUCUUACUUGCGUUGCGAGAUCCCGAUUCCGGGAGACUUGUCGCGAUGUGUAAGUGCAUGUCAGGGUUCUCGGAUAGCUUCUACAAGGCUAUGAGAGAACGGUACAGUGAAGCGUCCCAAAAUUGUUCCAAACAUCCUUUAUGGAGUGAUGUCGAUAUGGGCGGCUACAAACCUAGUGUCUACUUCAGGCCCCACGAGGUCUGGGAGAUCCGCGGUGCGGACAUCACCCUAAGUCCGGUCUCAGUUGCCGCUCAAGGACUGGUAUCCGACACCAGGGGGCUUAGCCUGCGUUUUCCGCGCUUUAUACGGGUCCGAGAAGACAAGGCAACAGAGCAGGCGAGCAGUCCUGAAUUUUUGGUGGGAAUAUGGAAGGACCAACAAGGAAAG